CUGGGAGGAAUGACGUAAUUAGCUUCUUACAUAACAUGGCUCCCAGAUUCUUUAGUACCUGUUGGGAAUUUUCACUUUCCAGCUACACUGGAGCAGAAUGAUAUACUUCCUGUUCUCUGUGGCCGUCAUAUUUCCUUUCCGAAUGAUUGAGCGGAGAAGUAACUUCUACUCUUCGGAAACCUGUUGAAUUUGGGGUUGUUUUUACGGAACUUUCCCGAGAUGAUGAGCUCUUCACUAUUUGCGAGGGUGGCAUUUUACCCUUCUCUUCUCUGGGGAAUUGUAACAGAGAGUUCGACUAAAAGAUGGUAUGAUCGUAUAGACACACACAUCCUCUUGGGUGCUUUGCCGUUUAAGAGUCAAACCAAAGAAGUAAGUAAUUUCAAGAGCUCUUACAUGUAUUAUUUGUUUAAGGGUAUCUUGAGAAACUAAUUUACACAACUAUGAAUUCCCUCUUUCCCUCUCUUUCCUCCUUCUUAAUUCGAAAGUAUUCAUCGGGAUCAUCUCUAACUCACUCAUUUAACAUCUUUAUCAACAGCCAAACUGUUGUAAUUUGAUAGGAAUUCGAGAUAUGUUCUUUUGCUAGAGUCCUCACUUGAAACUGGGUUAACAAUAUUUGUUAUACACUCAUUAUUUCCUUUGGUCAAAAGAAAAGUGUAAAUAUUUGUACCUACGUGGUAUUAUACGAAUUCAAAUGUAUCCUGUGUAGUGAUCAUCAUCAUCAUCAAAGAUAGCUUUGGCAGAUGGAAUCAUGCUCAUGUCAGCAAAGUUAACUUAAUGAAUGCACCCUCCAUGUAGCUGUGCACAACUAACCCUUUAACUCCCAAGAUCUCUUUAGUAAUUCUCCUUACUGUCUACCAUACAGUUCUUGUGAUGUUAGUUUGGAGAAUUUGGUAUUGGAUCAACUUAUAAUCCCCUAAUUGAUAUUUUCUUUUUUCUCAUCACUUAUCUGCUUGAUAUUGUAUUGCCAUUGUAAGGAGAAAUUCUGUCUUGGUCACUUGUGGGAGUUAAAGGGUUAAGAAAAGCACAUGUAAACACCCUGACCAGUGUUCAACUAUUUUUUUAAAAGGGGGUUAGUGUCUAAAGAGACUGUGGUGCUGUGUCAGUGGGAGGGUAUUAAACAGGGUAAUUAAGUAUUAUCAACUGAGUUGAUGAUGUAAAUUGGCCACUAUAAAGAGUUUAAAAGCUGACAUUUCGAGCAUUAGCCUUUUGUCAAAGCAAUUGUUUCUAGCAAUUUCUUUUUUUAAAAACAGGAUUAGUGUAACUGUGCCUCAACUGAUAACCCUGUUUUGUAAUGGCCUUUGCUUUACCAGACUGCUCUAAGGGAUUAAAUUUACCAAUAGUAGUUAGUCUUCUUUGCAUGCAUAUGCAUGCAAGACCUUAGCUAGAGAAUGCCAUUGCCUUCUGUUGGAUGCCAGUCAGUCAAAUUGCCCUUAUGUCUAACCUGUGUCUCUCAAUUUCCCCUUUCUAUGAUUUGUUGUCCAAGUUUCCUCAAGGUGGCCUCUCUUUUGUUGAUCAUUAGGAGUCCAUCAGAGGGCAACUCUUAGUAGGGCUGAAUUGCUGGAUUCUAUUUGUACAUGGCUGCAUGCUGCAUGAAUCAUUGGGUUCUGUAACUAGAUGUAGUCAUCCAAUUAUUAGUUGAAAUCUUUGGUGAAUAAUGGAAACUCUUGCUAUCCUAAUGAUAAUCCUGAUUGAUAUACUGAUAACUCAUUCAAAUUAUUUUGUUAUAAAAUAACAAAAAAUUUUGUAUGCUAAAGAAUCAAUUUUGUUUCACGAUGAAAUAAAUGAUUACAACUUUUCAAUUAAUGUUUUAUCAUUUGCAGUUGGUGGAAAAUGAAAAUGUCAGAGGAGUAGUAACCAUGAAUGAAGACUAUGAAUUACGAUACUUUUCCAACAGCAAAGAGGUACAAACAAUAACAAUAGGUGCAAGUGUGUUGAUUAUUAUGCUCCCUAAAAUUAAUGAUCCAUGUAGUCUAGAAGAGACCUCAGUGGGAAGUAACAUUAUAUGACAGUAAGGGAUAAAGGAACAAAAAACAAACAAACAACAAAAUGCUACACCAUCAAGAAACCUUAUAACAGGUUUUUUGUUAACAAAGAAAGUAACAAAGUCAAUAAUUGACAGCCAAUUAUCAAUUCCUCAUUGAGUGAUAAGUCACUGCCUAAGGUGGUUGAUGAGGGUAAGCCUUUUGUCUUUGGUUUACAAAAGGUACGUUUCUAAAUCCCUGUUUUCUUUUAUUUUUCUUAAGCUUGUAUUUACUAUUUUAAUCUGAAACAGAGGGAGAUAAGAAUCAAACUGGUUUUAAAUACUCUUAGCAAGAAAAGACAUAGAAACCAUAGACAUAAUCUGAUCAAUGCAACAUUAUUGUCUCUUUGUGGAUAGUGUGACUUAGACUGUCACUCUGUCUGACCAAUCAAUGUUCUCCUUUUCAGGCAGUAACUGGUAACAUUUUACUGCCUGUAGUACCUCUUAUUACCAUUUAGAAUUGCUUGGAAUUCUUGAAAAUUCAACUUGUAAAAGGAUUACUUUACCGGUUUGAAAAUUUAUUUUACCUGUCAUGCUUAAAAUAAGGGAGAACACUGCCAAUAUCCUGUGUUUUGGACUGCAACUCUUACCAUGCUAUAUGCAUUGCAUACAUGCAUACCCCUAACCUCUGGUGGGUAAUCCAACUUUUUCUGUUACGUGAUCAAAUGAAAUUUACUUCAUUAAAAAUUAUGAUCAGUUUCCUCCACAGGAAAAAAGAACACUGCUUGAAAAUGUAACCCACUCCCAACAAGUGGUUGGUUGUAGCGCCCUAAACUAACCUGGGAAGCACAGAUUUUAAGGUUUUUUUCACAGGCCUUUUUUCUGCAAUUGCAUAAAUUGCUUUUUGUGAUACACAUGGCUUAUUCAUUUGAUAGUAAGAUAUGGAAACAACUUAAUGCUUUGCCGGUAUUUUGUUUGGGGGACAGGAAUGGGCAAGUUGGGGAGUGACUCAGUUGCACUUGGCUACAGUGGAUUUUAAUAAUGCACCGUCCCAAGAGAUGCUUAGAAAAGGAGUUGAAUUCAUUGAAGAAAUGAACCAGAACCAAAACAGCGUGUAUGUUCACUGCAAGGCAGGCAGGGGACGCAGUGCCACACUUGCAACAUGUUACAUUAUGAAGGUAAAGUAUGAAGUUACUUUUAAUUAUUAAAUAAAGCUAGCAUUUAGUGAUACUCACAGAAGCCAUUUCACUGUGCAGUUCAGUUUCAAGAACCUUUUUCCUUGACCUUCUAACUCCCUUGAGUGACCAAGAUGAAUUUCUCCUCACAAUAUCAGUACAACAUCAACCAGGUAAGGGUUGAGAAUAAAGAAAGAUAACAAUUUUGGGAUAAUUAGUUGAUUCAACACUAAAUUCUCUGAACUAACAUGUUAAGAAUUGUGUGGUUAACAGUAUGGAGAAUUACAAAUUUGAUCCAGGAGUUAAAGGGUUGAUAGUGUGGUAGGUGGCUGUUGUUAAAAAAUCUAUCCAUGAAAAAAGGAGACUAGAGUUCAAACUUCAUAGAAAAUAUGGAUCAAUAUCAGUAUCUGGGCAACUGCCCACCUACCCCUCCCCUAACCCAACAUUAACUCUAACUUGUUAUCAAUAGACUGUUGUUGGGCUAGGGGAGGGGUAGGUGAGCAGUUGCCCAGAUACUGAUGUUGAUCCGAAAAUAUUUAUUAAACUUGUGAAAUGAGUCACCACAUUUGGCUAAAAUAAAAACUCCAAAACUUCUUAAAAUUCCAAAGAAAGGGUUAACAAAUUUGCGCAAACAAAAGUUAAAAAAAUAACUGACCAACAAAGAACAAAAGUACACAAAAAAUGUCCAUGUCAGUUUUCAAUGCCAAGGUUAGAGUUCUUUGCAAAAUCACAUGCAUUUCACAUGGAAAAAAAAAAGAAUUCAAAUGGGAGAGAGGAAGAGAGAAAUUGUAAUUUGAAAAUCAAAAAUAAAAGAGAUUUUCUACAGAUGUGUCCAAAAAAGGAGCCAUAAGGUCAAAACCCAACUUCAGAGCCUGUUCUGAGGGGAAAUUAAUAGAUGACAGAAAGUGGUCUAGGCAGUAGAGCACAGCCUGUUAACUGGCUUUAAUCAAAACCCUUACUGAGUUAAUGCACUGAUCUUGGACAUUUUUUGCCAAAAUUUUUUGUAUCAGCAUUCCAAUAUUCUCCAUUCUCUGCCAUCAAUCUUUUCUUCUUGGUUUAUUGUUGCAUCUACUCUUUUCUUAUCUUGGUAAACAGAUAUUUUGUGGUCUUCAGUACCUGUAGACAUCCUUUCUCUUCAAUUUUUUAUAACAACUGUAAACCUAUCACACACCUGCAGUUUUUUUCUAUUUGAGAGCAUGAUCCAGAUAAUGUAAAUUUUCCUGUCAAAAAAUCUAUUAAGCCAGUGCUGAAGAAUGGCCUGUAUAUAGAGUGGGUAGUUGUUUGAUGCAUUGAAUGGCAAUGCCAUUAGGGGUUAAGGGUGGGAAAUGGGGAAGUUUUCCCCCUCAUGUCUCCUUACCAUCACAGGUCAUUUUUGAAGUUCCCCCUACCCAACCAAUGUUCCAAAGUGCUUUCCAAACCAACAGCAAUACAGACUGAAUUACAGAGAAGUUCAUUCCAGAGCAGGGCAGUGAACAGGUUUUGUAACAAGAGCAGUAAAAUUUACUACAUUGUAGUUUACCAUUAGCAAUCUACACUUUAACGCUCCUAAUUAGUUUUAUUUUCUUUUGUUCUGGAUUGUAGGCCAAAAGGUUACAACCAAUGGAUGCUUACCAAUAUGUCAAGAGUAAAAGACCUCACAUACUUAUUGCCUCUCGGCAGUGGGCUGCUAUUGAACUGUUCUAUAAGAACCUAUUAGAUCAAGAUCACCAUGAUGCAAUAUAAAAUAUUCCCGGCCACUAUAUACAUCUACAUGCAAUGACAGUUUUUGAAUGUUGACAGUCAAAUUAUUUAUUUCUGUAAACAGAUUUUUCACAAAAUCAUUAAGAAAGCUAAACUCAACACCUUUUAUAAUUUAGGUGUAUACUUUCUUGUGUAGUUAGCUUUAAAAUGAUUCUUACACUAAUUGUAAACCACCCUGGGAUGGUUCAAUUGAAUCCAGGAAGACUUAAACGAGGGUGUACACCACAGGAAGCCUGUCCCAGCACAUCCUGUCAGGAAACAGGUCUCAUUUUGGGGGCACAGCACACCAGAGAGCCCCCUCUAUCACUUUUGACAGUAGUCAACUCCGCCUUGUUUGUUUUGCUGACAACAAUUUACGAAGCUUCAGGAUUUAACAAAGCUUGUCAGAAACUUAUCAAUUUUGUUUAUUAUUUUUUUUAUUUUUUUUAUUUUGCCAUUUUGUAAUUAUAAUACAUCAGUAAAAAUGAAAAAGGAAUUACAUAUACAUUAAUGUGUUAUAGCUGAAGAUUUAGGAAACCCAUUGGGAAACCAAGAGGCUUAUGUGAGCUACAGACUCCUCAUAUUUUGCAAAAAUAAAUAAAUAAUUUUUUUAACUUAUUUAUUUCACCAUUUCUUAUUAUAAUACAACAGUAGAAAUAAAAAACAGUUACAUAUACUUUAAAUGAUGUAGCUGAAGAUUAAACAUGAGGCAAGGACCCCCUGUUGGGAAACCAAGGCUUAUGUGAGCUAGAGGCUCCUCAUAUUUUACAAAAGUGAGGUACAGUAUCUUUCAGUUUUAUGGCAUGAUUUAGGUUCAAAAUAUUUUUGGUUAAAAAAGAAAGGGCACACACACAUUAAACAACAACAACAAUAGCAGGCACUCAAAACAAACAUAUACUUCAGCAGGGUGAGAAAAGUAAGCAAAAAAUAAAUUAACAAAUCAAGAAGAAUAAGAAGGGAGUUGACUUUAGUAAUGUUUGCAAUUUAGACUUCAAGAGAGAGUGCC